AUGACAUCCUCCCACUCCAACAACAACGACGACAAGUCCACCCACGACCCCACAAGCACCGGUUACUUCGACAUGGUGUCGACCUCCCUCCCCUCCCCCCUCCUCUCCCUUUCCCCUACCCCAUUCCCUGGAGCCUAUGACUUCACAGGCCUCAUGCCUCUCAGCGACGAACAAGUUGAGUGCGCCAAGGCUCUCCACGGUAAAAACCUGAUCGCCUUUGGAAACGACCAAGUCUGGUACAAGGUUCUCUUCCAUGCCCUCGUUCACCCUUUCAACAUCCUCCUUGCCGUCCUGGGCACUGCGACCCUCCUCACGGGGGAUGACCAGGGUGGAACGAUUAUGUUUAUUAUGGUCCUUCUGUCUACUGGGCUGCGGUUCUGGCAGGAGUGGAAGUCGGCGGCGGCGGCUCAGUCGUUGAAGUCGAUGGUCUCGACGCUGAUUACUGUGACGAGGUUGUAUUCUUGCCCGGAGUAUCGCGAUCCGACCCCGGAAGAUGUUAACAGAAUGAUAAACCAUGCGACGGUCAGGAUGGAUAUCCCGAUUGAGGAUGUUGUACCUGGGGAUUGGGUCCAGCUGUCGGCAGGGGAUUUGAUCCCAGCCGAUGUCAGGGUGAUUGAGUCCAAGGAUUUGUUUGUUUCGCAAGCGGCUUUGACUGGUGAGGCGAUGCCGGUUGAGAAGUUUGGAGCGGCUUCGGAGGCGAUGGCUGCUUGGAGACAGAGAAGUAUCUAUGAGGAGAUGGCCAAGAGUGCGGUUCCUGCGGAUGCCUCGGCUGUCCCCAUGCCUAUUGAGAUGACGGACAUGGAUACCUCCAAAAGCACCUCGCCUGCUCUUGAUUUUCAGCGACCUCCUUCCAAAGUCACCACUUUCAAGAACUCGAUCAAGCGUUCUGUCUUUGCUUGCUUUGGUAUCCGUCGUUUCGAUUCUGAGACGGCUUCUGCGGCUCACAACAAGAACGACGUCGAUCUUAGUGCUCCCGAUGUCUGCUUCAUGGGCACCUCUGUCGUCUCUGGUACAGCCACCGUCCUGGUCGAGAAGAUUGGGUCCGAGACCUUUUUUGGAUCUAUGGCUAAGGAAUUGUCCAAGCGCCGUCCCGAGAACGCUUUCCAGCUUGGAGUCCGUAACAUCUCCUGGGUCUUUUUCGGUCUUAUGGCUCUCAUGGUUCCACCUGUUCUGUUGAUCAACGGGUUUGUCCACCAUAGCUGGACAGAUGCCGCCCUGUUUGCACUCUCGGUCGCUGUCGGCCUCACGCCCGAGAUGCUCCCCAUGAUUGUCAACUCGAACUUGGCUCGUGGGGCGUACCUGAUGUCGAAGAAGCGUUGUAUUGUCAAGAACCUGGAUGCGAUCAUCAAUCUCGGCUCGAUGGAUGUCCUUUGCACCGACAAGACCGGUACCCUGACCGAGAACAAGGUUAUUCUGGUCCGACAUCUCGAUUACCAUGGCAAGGCGUCGAUGCAAUCGUUACAGUUGGCGUUUUUGAACUCUCGAUUCCAGACUGGACUCAAGAACUUGUUGGAUGUUGCUGUGGUCGAAUACUUUGAGAAGACUGCCUCCGAGCUCCCCGCCUACGACGAGGGUGUCCCUGCUGUUGCCAACGGCAAGGGGGUUGGGUCGGGCCUGACCGCUGCUGCUGUUACCUUCGCUGCCCGGUACCAGAAGCUGGACGAGAUCCCGUUUGAUUUUGUCCGUCGUCGCAUGUCUGUGGUCCUGAAGGAUGUCUCAGAUGCCAACAACCAGGCCAUGCUCGUCUCUAAGGGCGCCGUAGAGGAGAUGCUCAGUAUCUGCACCAAGAUCGUCAUCCCCUGCCAGCAGAACCCAGACUCUGUCGAUAUCCAGAUGGCGAUCGAGGGUCAGUCCAUCCCAGCCCUUGACACCCUCGUCCGCACCAACCACAAUGAAAUCCAGACUUUGACCCCCGAGAUGAUUGCCCACCUGGUCGAAAUGAACCAGGGUCUGAACGUCGACGGUAUCCGAGUCGUGGCUGUUGCUUACCGUGACUUGGAAAAGGUCAAGCCCGACUAUGGGAUCUCGGACGAAUGCGAUAUGGUCUUUGCUGGCCUGAUCGGCUUCCUCGAUCCACCUAAGGAGUCGACAGGCCCCGCCAUCAAGGAACUCCUCUCUCUCGGCGUCGAGAUCAAGGUCCUGACCGGCGACUCUGCCGCGGUCUGUCGCAAAGUCUGUCAAGAAAUCGACCUCCCCGUCAAGUCGAUCGUCACCACUGACGACCUCGUCGGCCUCGAUGACGAACAAGUCGCCCUCAUCGCCCGCGAAGCCACCAUCUUUGCAAAACUCACCCCACUCCAGAAAUCCCUCGUCAUCCGCGCCCUCAAACGCUCUGACCGAGUUGUCGGCUUCCUCGGCGACGGCAUCAACGACGCUCCGGCCCUGGCCGAAGCUGAUGUCGGAAUCUCAGUCGACACCGCAACAGACAUCGCCAAAGAGUCCGCAGACGUCAUCCUCCUCGAGAAGUCUCUCAUGGUCAUCGCCGAUUCUGUCCUGAUGGGCCGUACAACCUACGGCAACACAAUGAAGUACAUCGUCAUGGCCAUCUCGUCCAAUUUCGGCAACGUCUUCUCCAUGCUCGUCGCCUCGUCCUGGCUCCCCUUCCUGCCCAUGCAACCCAUCCACAUCCUCACCCAGAACCUCCUCUACGACAUCUCCCAGACAACCAUCCCCUGGGACAAGAUGGACAAAGAAUUCCUCAUGGUCCCCCACCGUUGGAACAUCCGGUCCAUCCUCCGCUUCAUGGUCUUCAUGGGCCCCUGGUCGUCCAUCUUUGAUAUCACAACCUUCCUCUUCAUGUGGUUCUACUUCGGUAUCCAAUCCGCCGACAACACCGCUGGCGUCAUACUCUUCCAAACCGCCUGGUUCACCGAGGGUGCCCUGACCCAACUCCUGGUCAUCCAUAUCAUCCGUUCCCCCAAGAUCCCCUUCUUGCAGACCAUUGCUGCAAAGCCUGUGAUUGCCAGCUCGUUGAUUAUUUCUGCGAUUGUGUUGGUAUUGCCGUACAUUUCGGUGUUUAGAGAUCUGUUGACGAUUGUAGAGUUGCCCGGGGUGUUUUAUGGAUACCUUGUGGGAGCUUUGAGCUGUUACUUCAUGGUGACGCAAAUGGCCAAGGUUAUGUACCUCCGCGCCUUCAACGCCUGGUUUUAG